CCUAUGACCGAAUGCCCAUUUAACCCCGGGGUUUUAUCUAUUCCGUGAUAUUACUAUACAAGAUAAUGUUAGGCAUUUGCAAUUGGUGUUUACUGUUCAGACUUCAGAUCACGUAUUCGUGGUUUAAAAAUUAGACCCGUAAGAUGUUUAAUGUUUAUAUUAAAUACAAAUGAAUAGGGCUUAAGACAAAAAAAAUACUGACUUAUUGUUCGUGUUUCCACAAUUUCUUUUGGUUUUUUUGGGUAUGAAGCGUCGAAGAAUGUCAGUUGAAUGUGAAAUGGAUCAUUCAUAUGCAAUGCCAAACAUUAACGAUAACUCAAAUACUUUACUAAAAAAAAUACAACACGUCUAUGAAAACAAAUUAUUAAAUGACAUUACACUAGUAGUCGGAGGAAUACCAUAUCCUGCUCAUCGUUUUAUGUUAUGCAUAUCCAGUGAUGUGUUUGAGACUAUGCUUAUGAAUACAAAAUGGAGUGACUCUUAUCAAGAAGUCAUAGAAUUGCAAGAGGUACCACAGUGUAUUGAAGUAUUCCCUGUUUUCUUACAAUACUUUUAUACUGGUGUAAUAACACUUGAACAGUCAAAUAUUAUGCCAAUGUUAGUGUUAGCUGACAAAUAUAAUGUUAAGGAUCUUACUUCACUCUGUGUAGAGUAUAUGUGUGACCAUAUAGCUGAUGCUGCUGAUCAAGGUCAACUUGUCACAUGGUUUCAGUACGUUCUAUCGUUAAAUCAACCCACUACUAUCAGUGCUUCAUACUAUUGUAAAAUUUGGCAAGAUAGUGAAUGCAUGAAUAUAAAGAGUCCAUGGAAUAAACUACUUAAAGCUUGUAGAAAUUAUAUCAAGUGGAAUCUUGACUCGUGUACAAAAUGUUUCAAUACAUUUCAGUGUGAUGUUUUAGUAGGUCUAUUACAGCAAUCAGAUGUUGUUGUACAUGACGAAAUGCAACUUUUUGGGUGUGUUGCAUCUUGGUUGAACUAUCAAUCAGCUGAAAAACAAAUUGAAUGUAAUGAUCCUGAUGCAAUUGAUGAUUAUAUGAGCUCUCUAACUGAACAUGUUAUGUCUUAUAUAAGGUAUCCAAUGAUACUUCCUAGACAAAUGGCACAGCUCUUGAUGCUAUCUAUCGUCAAACAAAAUAAAGAUUUUUUUGUUGACAAGAUGGCAGCAGCAAUGGAGUAUACUUUGGUAAAGUAUGAAAAAAAAUUGAAUGCUACUUUUGGAGACCAUGUGCUUGAAUGUACACCAAGGUUGUAUACAAGUGAACGUUGGGGCAAUUCGUUCAGAGUUCGGACAAAAACUAUUCUAAACUAUCAGUCUAUUAAACGUGAUAUUGUUACAUCUAAUAAUCUUUUUGAUCGUGAACAAGAACAAAAUGAAGAAUCUAUGUGGGAAAUUGAAUUAUACUUAAAAGGAAUAUGUUUUGGAAAGUCAUUGUUGAUAACAUGGCGUGGAUCUGUAGAGUUACCCGAAGUUAUAAUUAAGACUGUUCGUGCUACUGUCAAGUUGAAAUUGCCAAGUGAUGAAAUUGGAAAAAUUUCACGGCAUGUUAGAGUUGCUAUUUUAGUAUAUGCUGUCCAAAAUAAAAUUCCCCAUGUUGUUACUGUUGUACAAAAAGUUGCAUCAUUUGACAAUAGCCAAAAUAUGAUAACAAUAGACGAUUUAAUGAAUUUUGAAGCCAUUAAUUCUCUUACGACUGACGAAGAAAUGAUACAUGUAAAUGACACUAAUGUCUCAUAUUAUAUGCCUGGUCGUCCUAUACCAUUAAAGUUUCAUGUUAUUAUUACACCAAUUGUAUCCGGUUUGACAGAUACUCAUAUUGGUACCAGAAUUCAACAUGUACAUUUUUAGUAACAUUUGACUUUAUAUCAUUUAUUUUUAAAUAUCUGUGAUAAUUAUAUUUUAUUAUAAAUACUAUUUAGUUGUAGUUUAAAUCUUUAGAAGUCCUAAUUUUCUUUUUUCAAUAUUUGUAAUAUAUUAAAAAUAAAGACUGUUUCAUUUAAA